AUGGAUGUACGCUCCAAAAAGCUUCGCACCAGACAGAACUAUCCCUUCCAGCUCGAGUAUCGAACACGAUGGUCCGACAAUGACAUGUACGGCCAUCUAAACAACAGCAUAUACGCUUUCCUCUUCGACUCCAUCAUCAACAGCUAUCUCAUUUCGCACUGUGGACUUGACCCUUCGCAACAUCAAAAGACGACUGAAAAGACACACAAUCAAAUCGGAUUGGUGGUGUCGUCCUACUGUGACUAUUUUGCGUCUGUGGGCUUUCCCGAUGUUCUAGAUCUCGGGCUUAGGGCUGUCAAGCUCGGGUCGUCGAGCGUGACGUAUGAGGUGGGUGUGUUUAAAAAAGGUGAGGAUGCGGUCAAGGUUGUCGGUGGGUUUACGCAUGUCUUUGUGGAGAGGGAAACGAUGAGGCCGCGAGCCGGAGGAGGGGGGAUGCAUGAUCGGAUUAGGCAAGGGCUGGACAAGCUGUUUGUUGGUGAUGCGUCAAAGUUGUAA